GAAAAAAGAGCGGCCAAUAAAACAGAGAAUAGCCUGUAACACAAACUGAACUCACUUCUCCAUGGUUUUCGUUCUUUUUUGCGAGGGUAAUUUGUAGUUUCUUCAAGCCGACGUCAUCUUUGAACUCGUGACUUGACAUCCCAGUCCGUUGCGUCAUAAACGAAAGCCUACUUCAAAAUGUCUUUCGGCUGCUACCGUCCGGACGCGAACACGAACCUUGGCUGUCGGCCGACGGCCAGUUCGAUGAGCUUGAAGGACACCAAGUUGUUCCAGCAGCGGGUGCACCGGGAAACCAGAAAUCCCAUCACAGGAGAAGUCGUGAACUACAGCCGAGGGGCGAAUGCUUCAAACGCCGGGGAUCCGAGUUCCACAACGAGUAGUUCCUUCGCAUCCAACAUGACAAACUCCGCAAAUCAGACGAAAAGCGACAUUUUCCACCUGCGAGACACGGAUAGUGAAAAUAACAAGCAGGAUGAUUUUACCGGGGGGAAGAAGGUAGUUAAGAAGUUUGUUGCUGGGAAGUACUUAGUUGUCAUGCACUUUCUACAAUCGCGAUUGAGUUUGUCAUGCGAACCUUGACUUUAAGUAACCUAUUCGUCAAACACGAAAAUUAUACAGCAAAUGCCGGAGCAGCGGUACCAGGGAAAUUUGAACCCCAACCUUACCCUUCCGGGGAGCAGCAGCUCGCGUGGAUUCGCAGAAAACCCAAGCCGAAUAGCCGAGGGGAACCUGAUAUGCAUUGCAAAGGUAUCGCACUCGUACCAGUUGCAACCAUGCAUGACGAAUCGAAGUCUUGUCCUUAAGGUAAAACAGCAUGACAGAGUCCAGUUCUCACACUGAGAAAUAUUUGUAAUGCACUUACUUAUAUGUACGAGUGCGAUACUUUUACAGAGAAUACCUGACGGUGGGAAGCAUGGUUCCGAGUUCGUUUGCGAUCACGGGUAUAACUACUUUUCAGCUGCUUCAUGCAUGAAACGCAAAUGCUUGCUGUGCAUAUGAUUUUGAUUCUGCUAGGCAUGAGCAUGACAGACUUGAUACGAGUCGCAUCUCGAUAGUAAAAGAAAAACAACCACACAUCGACAUCAGGCGAACCGGGCAUUUACCGCGACACUGACUCUUCCUCCAACGCGUUCACGCACCGCACGAAGGUCUCCUACGCCGGUGGGGAGUGCGGACAGUAUUUGAAACCGCGGGACAAGCUCGGGCCCGGGUGUUUGCCCAUUGGCACCAACGACGCCACCCUAUCGCCGACGACGCGGUCGCCGAAGUCGCAUUUUACCCGGAACAACCUGAACAACACGAGGUACAGCGGGAAAAACUUGGUGAAAGCGGCUACGACCAACAUUCGGCCGACGGAGUUCGGAAUGAUGUAUGCAUUGCAAAAGUACCCCCGUGCUAGUACAAAACGCAUCACAAAUUUUCUCAAGAAGAAGAAUGCAAUUUGUCAUGCGUACUCGGGUAGACGUAGAGAAUCGGACUUGUCAUGCAUAGCCGCAAUUACUACGAGUGCGAUGCUUUUGCUCUGCAUAUGAUGGCCGAGGCGCCGAU